AUGAAUAACCAGUGCUUAAUUGUUCGUUAUGGCGAGCUGUUUUUGAAGGGAAAAAAUAGAGAUGACUUUGUCCAAAAACUAGUUGUUAAUGUUAAUCUCACGCUUCAAAAAAAUAAUUUUUCUGAUUUUAACGUUAAAAAACUCCACGACCAAUUAAUAAUUACUACCAAAAAUGACAAGGAAUUGUCAAAAAUGAUUAUCGCUUUAAGUAAAGUGUUUGGAAUUAGUGCUUUUUUUCUUGCUUACCAGUUAGAAAAUGAUUGUAAAAAACUUUAUGAUUUUGUUGAAAAAAUUGCUGAUUAUUACGAAAUUGAUUUUCCUACUUUCAAAUUUGACGUUAGCCGGAGUGAUAAAAACUUUCCCAAAAAUUCUUUAACAUUACAAAAAGAACUAGGGGAAAUUGUAGUUAAAAAGCAAGGUUUAAAGAAAGUAAAAGGACUGGGAGGAUUACCAGUUGGCAGUUCAGGAAAAGUUUUAUUACUUUUGAGUGGGGGAAUAGAUUCGCCAGUCGCCGCUUAUCAAUUAAUGAAAAGAGGUUUAGAAGUUGUUUAUUGCCAUUUUUAUCACCAAAAGGAAGCCAAAAAAUUAGCAAUUUCUGCUCUGGCCACCGGUGAUGCCUUGGCCCAAGUGGCCUCACAGACCAUUGAAAGUUUAAAUGUGAUUUCGCAA